GGCAGCUACCAUUGCAUGUUCAAUUCAUUGAACCCUAUUGUGAGGGCUUCAAACAGUGGCAUCACCACACCAGUUGUGAAACAGGUUUUGAAAAAUGACCAUGAAGACCGAAGAAAUUACAUUUUUAACAUGAUACUUGGAGUUAAUCACUGCUUAUGGCAUUUUCUUGAAAAUUAAAUAUGACUUAAAAGCGUCAAAGGUUUAUGAUGUCAUCGGUUUCAACAGAAAGCAAACUCCAGCAGGCUGUGAGCCUGAAGGGAGUUGACCCAGAAACAUGCAUGAUUGUGUUUAAGAACCACUGGGCACAGGUUGUGAAAAUCUUAGAGAAGCAUGACCCCUUGAAGAACACCCAGGCAAAAUAUGGGUCCAUCCCCCCAGAUGAGGCCAGUGCUGUGCAGAACUAUGUAGAACACAUGCUUUUCCUGCUAAUCGAAGAACAAGCCAAGGAUGCUGCGAUGGGGCCAAUCCUGGAAUUUGUGGUCUGCGAGAACAUCAUGGAAAAGCUCUUCCUUUGGAGCUUGAGACGAGAAUUCACUGAUGAAACCAAACUUGAGCAGCUAAAGAUGUAUGAGAUGCUGGUCACCCAGUCCUACCAGCCUCUGCUGCACCACAAGCCCAUCCUGAAGCCCCUCAUGAUGUUGCUGAGCUCCUGUUCGGGGACAGCCACUCCAGCUGUGGAGGGAAAGCUAGUUGUCCUGCUCAAUCAGCUCUGCUCCAUCCUUGCCAAAGAUCCAUCCAUCCUGGAACUCUUCUUCCACACUAGUGAGGACCAAGGGGCUGCCAAUUUCCUCAUUUUCUCUCUUCUGAUACCCUUCAUUCAUCGAGAGGGCACAGUAGGCCAGCAAGCAAGAGAUGCUUUGCUAUUUAUCAUGUCUCUCUCUGCUGAGAACAGCAUGGUGGCCAAUCACAUUGUGGAAAAUACCUACUUCUGUCCCGUGCUUGCAACGGGACUCAGUGGCCUGUACUCUUCGCUGCCCACAAAGCUGGAAGAGAAGGGUGAGGACUGGCACUGCCUUCUGAAGGACGACUGGCUCCUGCUGCCUGCCCUCGUGCAGUUCAUGAACUCGCUGGAGUUCUGUAACGCAGUCAUCCAGGUGGCUCACCCCUUGAUCCGCACUCAGCUCGUCAGCUACAUUUACAAUGGAUUUUUGGUACCAGUAUUGGCUCCUGCACUCCAUAAGGUGACAGUGGAGGAGGUCAUGACCACCACAGCAUACCUGGACCUCUUCCUGCGCAGCAUCUCUGAGCCAGCGCUCCUGGAGAUCUUCCUCCGCUUCAUCCUCUUGCACCAACAUGAGAACGUUCACAUCCUGGACACCCUCACCAGCCGGAUCAACACCCCUUUUCGGCUUUGUGUGGUGUCCUUGGCACUGUUCAGAACUCUCAUCGGCUUACACUGUGAAGAUGUGAUGUUACAGCUAGUUUUAAGGUAUCUGGUCCCCUGCAAUCACAUGAUGCUGAGUCAAAGGUGGGCUGUGAAGGAGAGAGACUGUUACUCCGUGUCCGCGGCCAAGCUGCUUGCCUUGACCCCUGUCUGUUGUGCCAGUGGUAUCACUCUGACACUUGGGAACCAAGAAAGGGAUUAUAUUCUCUGGUCCAAGUGUAUGCAUGAUGACUCAGGAUCUGAGGAGCAGCUACUGCCAGAGACACCCUGCUCGCCCUCUUCACCUUCCCCUCCUCCCCCACCCACCCCAGCAGCCUGCAUUGUGGAGUACGGGAAGGCCCUGGACAUCAGCUACCUGCAGUAUCUGUGGGAGGCCCACACCAACAUCCUCCACUGCAUGAGGGACUGCAGAGUGUGGUCAGCCCUCUAUGAUGGGGACUCACCUGACCCUGAGACCUUUCUGCAGAAUCUGUCAGAGGAGAGCCGAGAAAACUCAGGUCACCCAGAGGCCAGACUCCCACAGCAGAGUGUUAGGACAUCAGGGCAGACAAAGGACAAGAGCCAGUCAGAGCUGGAAUGGGAUGACAGCUACGACACUGGUAUCUCUUCAGGGGCAGAUGUGGGCUCCCCCGGGCCUGAUGACGAGGUGGAGACCCCAGCCCCACCAGCACCUAUUGAUCCCCCCAAACACAUCCAGGAGAUGAAGAAGAACGCCAUCCUCCUCUUCAAGGGGUCCUACAUUGAAGAGUCAGACUUCCAGGAUGACGUGAUGGUAUACAGGCUGUGUGCUGAGAAGGACGCAGAGGACACCACGGAGCCACAGAAGGACCCCUCGGAGCCGCAGAGGGACACCUUGGAGCCGCUGGAGGACACCUCAGAGCAGCAGGAGGACACCUCAGAGCUACAGGAGGACACCGCAGAGCCGCAGGGGGACACCGCGGACCCACCCGCUGAGGCUCAGCCCAAGCCCCAGCCGGAAGCCCAGAGUCUCCCCACGAGCAAUGGACCUCUCUCUAGUCCCGAUCCUGAGACAGAGUCACAACCCAGCAGGGAGAGUUCAGAACUGUUUCAGAACACAUUCUCAGAAGCCAAGCCAGAGAAUGAGCCUGGUGUAGCCUUAGCAUCAGACUCGGAGUUGACAGCCACCACGUUUGAAUUGGCGGUUGUCAGCACGGAGAGUGAAGACUUCAUCGCACAGUACGACCAGAUCAUUCAAGAACUGGACUCUGGCACCGGGGGCUUGACGGAGCAGAGCAUCCCUGCCUCAGAGCCCUUACUUCUUACACAGCAGGAAGAAAGCAGGGAAGAGAGCAAAGCGGAGGAGGAGGAGGAGGACGACUUCGACUCCCUCAUGGCGGCCACGCCUGCCGUGGAGGCCGGGUUGUCCCCAUUUGGUGUUGGAGAGGAUACUGCCUUUACCAGCCGCCAUCCCGUGAGGACUCAGAGCACGCCGUUCACAGGUCCAUUCAUCAGCGUGGUCCUGUCAAAGCUGGAGAACAUGCUGGAGAACUCUCUGCACGUCAACUUGCUUCUCAUAGGCAUCAUCACCCAGCUGGCCAGCUACCCGCAGCCGCUCCUUCGCUCCUUCCUCCUCAACACCAACAUGGUCUUCCAGCCCAGCGUCCGCUCGCUCUACCAGGUCCUUGCAUCGGUGAAAAACAAGAUCGAGCAGUUUGCUUCUGUGGAGAGAGACUUCCCAGGCCUCCUCAUUCAAGCUCAGCAGUACCUGCUCUUCCGGGUGGACAUGUCUGACAUGGCCCCUGCCGCACUCACCAAAGAUCCCAUUCAGGAGAUCUCCAGGCCAGAAAGUGACAAGACCCUUUUGGAUGGCCCUCCACGUGUGCUUCAGCCCUUCCUAGGCAACAGAGCCAAGGUGACCAGGGCACCCCCAAACCUGCCUCUGCCAGUGAAGAACACCAUGCUGGCUGCUGCUCUCUUCCCAGAGUUCCUGAAGGAGCUGGCAGCCUUGGCCCAAGAACACUCCAUUCUGUGUUACAAGAUCCUGGGGGACUUUGAAGACUCUUGCUGUUAGCUUUUUAUACUACUAUUUUCAUAGAGAUUUGGUUUUAUAAGGUUAUAGUGUCUUGACUGAAUGUUAAAUGCAAAGCUGCUUAUCAAAAAUGUCUACUUUGAUAUUUCCUGACAAUACUUGAUUUAUCGGAGGGUUUUGGUACACCUCCUCUCUCCAGCCGGGUCUCCCCUUGUUACACAGAAUGUCUUGUGAGCCGGCUGUCUCCUUGGCAGGCUCUUUCUGCUGUGUUUCCUCUUCGGAUGGUUUGUAGUUGUUCUCCCACGCCUUGGAUGGAGGAGACAGAGACCCUCAGUUUGUAGCUCAGAUGCCAUGGAGCGCACAGCGAGGUUCUGUGACCUCUGGAUGCCUGGUGGGGGUCGGCUCCUCCACGGAGGCACACACAUGGCCUGGCAGCCUCUGCAAGAAGUGAAAUGUAAGAACGGAGCUCCUCCUGCCACACAGGACACAUCAUUGGCUGCUCUGAAUUUUACUUCUAGGAUUUGCAAUCUCUCCAUACCUAUUGCCUUAAUGUGGUGGGGAAAAUCCCCAAGCCCCAGCUGUCUGCCCAAAAAUUCGCACACAGAGAGAAUCUGGAAUGCAGAAUUUUUUUUUCUUGUUGCUUGAUAGCUGUUCUAAUCAUUGGAGCACAACCAAAACUCAAGACAGCCUUAAUUCAGUAAGAUUUGCACGAAAGGAAGCAUACCUAUGCAAACUUUGGAUCUUAGGCAUUUGAUCAGAUGGAAAAAGUGUGGUGUCAUAUACUUAUGUUAAAAAACAUUAUUGUUUAAGUAUUUUAUGAAAACAAACGUUAACUUGUAACGCAAAAAGGAUUUUUUUUUUUUGGUUGGGGGUGUGCAGAGCUUGGAAUGGGUGCAAAAGAUAAAAUUCUGCUCACUGUAA